AUGGCGACCCAGUUCACGGUUUUCGGUCGACUGCCCCCCGAGCUUCGUAUCUUGAUCUGGGAACUUUGUAUCCCAUCCCGAGUGGUCGAGUUAAACCGGCCUGUCUGGCCAGACAUGGAGGUUUCAUGCGACCUUGUUUGGGCAUCACGUCACAAUGUUUUGCGACCCACCAUUGCUUAUGUCUGCAUUGAGGCCAGACAGGUCGCGGAACAACGAGUCAUCCACUUCGGGCUCGAGGACCUGAACCAGGAGAGAAGACGUGGUCCGUUCUAUUUCCGGCCAUACCGGGACCUUGUCGUGCUGUACAAUACUCCAGGCGCGCCUCUCAACGAAUGGCGUCAAAACCGCGAUCACCCAUUCUCUUCCUUUCGCCUAGUUGACCAGUGGGCCGUGGAUGUCGCCAUCUACUCUCCCAUGGUCAACCCCUGGCCACGCUGCACAGACUUUGGCCUUCGCCACGGAGCCCGCUUUGCUCCUCGGACUGAAUGGAUUGACCCGCUUUUCGUUCUGCAGGUCAUCCCCAUCCACCUGAGCAAAACAGACGCGAUUAAGUCCAGACUCUUCGGUGAUUUCGGCGACGAGCCCAUCCAGCUGGUUGACCCUCUAGAUAGUGAACGACUUGCACGGUUCCGGGAACUGGUGGGGAACGCACGACGGCCUCAGGCACAGGUUGCCUUCGAUUUCUUCACGCAGUAUACAGGAACCGGAGGAAAAACCAACACUUUGAUUGCCUCGGUGCAUGCCUGGACGCGAGACGGACUGAGUCGUGAGAUCUGGCGGGCCUGGAAGCAGGCCCAGGAGGUCGACUUUGAGGGCAUUUCACGGCCCGAGAACAUCUGGCUGGGGCCCAGUGAAGACUUUGACAUGCUGGAUGAGGACACAUUCCGGGGCCUAAGCGACGCCCCCCUUGGGGGAAUUGAUCUCACGUUGUUUGGUCCGAACGAGAUGCAUCCCUGGGUGCAGGAGCUCCUCGUAACACUCCCUUCGUUCACCCCGCGUAUCAUGUUUCGUUGGUGCGGUGGUCAGUGCUGGGAGGGAAGUGGUGAAGACGUGAUACUGCCGGUGUAA